CCUGUCCCCCAGCGUCGUCCCCCCCUCGCUCUCGGCCCAUCUUGGCCUUUCGGGCGGCAGGAGGAGGAGGAGAAGGAAAGGAGGCACCCUGCCACUUUUUGGGCCGCUCGGGCGGCAGAGCGCUCUCUUGGCCCAGCGGCGGGAGGUCGAGCGAACGAGCUCGCGGGCCGCCUCCUCCAGUAUCGUUCCCCCGCUCGCCCCCCGUCGGCCCAGGAGGAGCCUGUUUGGGGUCCUAACAUGA